UUUCGUGUUCGUCACUGCUCGCGACUUCACUGAAUCAGUCAGAAAAGGUCCUAUACUCCUAUCAGUGAAGUACCAUAUAAAGGGUAGCUCGGUGAACACAUAUAGAUAACAUUCAGCAUCAGAUUAGAAAGAACUUAAAACUGAAACCUCGGAACUCUCUGAACAACAACAAAAAAGAAAAAACAUCAUCAAUGGCAGCUGCGACCGUGAACGAGCUUCGUCCCGCCGUCUUGGAUGCCACUUCUGAACCCCCUCCUCUCUUCGAUGGAACCACAAGGUUGUACAUCACUUAUACAUGCCCACAUGCACAGCGUGUGUGGAUCCUCAGGAACUAUAAGGGAUUACAAGACAAGAUUAAAUUAGUUGCAAUUAACAUUCAGAACAGGCCUGCCUGGUACAAAGAGAAAGUCUACCAUGUAAACAAGGUACCCUCGUUGGAACACAAUGGCAAAGUCAUUGGGGAGAGCCUUGAUUUGCUUAAAUAUGUAGACAGCAACUUUGAAGGGCCUACUUUUCACCUCAAUGAUCCUGCUAAAAAAGAGUUUGCUGAAGAAUUGACAACCUACAGUGAUACCUUCAUCAAGAUACUGUUCGCAUCAUUCAAAGGAGACACAAUCAAAGAAGCUGGUCCUUGUUUUGACUACCUAGAGAAUGCUCUUCAUAAAUUUAAUGAUGGGCCUUUCUUACUUGGCCAUGACUUCAAUAUGGUGGACAUAGUUUACAUCACGUUUGUUGAGAAAUCCCAAGACUUCCUUUCAGCAGUGUGGAAUUAUGACAUAACGGCAGGAAGACCUAAACUUGCUAGGUGGAUCGAGGAGAUAAACAAGAUUGAUGCUUAUAAGUCAACAAAGACGGACCCCAAAGUGACCGUUGAAUUUUUCACGUCCGUCUUUUUGCAGGCUAAGAAUUGAACAUACCAGCACAGUUCCUUUGGACUUUAAUAAGUGAAAUAUGUGGCUGUCUUUUUUCUCUUUUUUUUUUGGUUGAAGAAAUAAGUGGCUUUCUGCCUUUAUGUAAUGUUUCUUAUUUAGUAUAUUAUUAUGUCUUAACGUUUGUACUUACUAGUUGAAGAUAUAGACAGCAUCUGGUCAGCACGUAUGGAUUGCUUAAAUAAAUAGAACUCAGUUCGAUUUAGUAGUCCUAAAAAAUUAUUGUUUAUGUU